CCGCAGCUGUCACAACAACAACUCUACGCCAUUUCAGAGUCAGGGGGGCGAAACACCCGCGGAGGAACAACCGUGGGAUCUGUGCGUUUGUCCGGGGACAGCCCCUCUCGGCUCCUCGCCGCUGCCGGUGUUCCGAUGCAGGUUUUCGGGCUCGUGCGCGGCAGCUUGUCCCGCCCGGGCUGAAGCGCCGACGGGCCGUUUAGUCGGGUUGUCGUGCUAACGGCUAAUAAGCUAGCUGAGCGUAAAUAAGGAUGAAGCGCAUCAAAGGAGGAGAGGAGGACGGCCACGGCCCCCCCAGUGGGAGCCCACCGGAGGCUUGCAAGAAGGUGCGGACGCAGGCGAGCGAGGAGUCCGAGGCAGCGGGCGCCAGCGACGCGCCUGUAAGCGACUGGGCGCGACUUCCCCAGGAGCUGCUGCUGCACAUCUUCCAGUACCUCCCACUGCUGGAUCGGGCCUACGCCUCUCAGGUGGGCCGCCGGUGGAACCAGACGUUCCACAUGCCCGAGCUGUGGAGAUGCUUUGAGUUUGAGCUUAACCAGCCGGCGAGCUCCUACCUCAAAGCUACACACCCGGAUCUCAUCAAGCAGAUCAUAAAGAGGCACUCCAACCACCUGCAGUACGUCAGCUUCAAGGUGGACAGCAGUACAGAGUCGGCAGAAGCAGCGUGUGACAUCCUCUCGCAGCUGGUGAAUUGCUCCCUGAAGACCUUGGGGCUCAUUUCUACAGCGAGGCCCAGUUUCAUGGAGGUUCCAAAGUCUCACUUCAUCUCCGCUCUGACCGUGGUGUUUGUCAACUCCAAGUCGCUGUCCUCGCUGAAGAUAGACGACACGCCGGUGGACGACCCGUCUCUGAAGGUCCUGGUGGCCAACAACAGUGACACGCUGAAACUGCUGAAGAUGAGCAGCUGCCCUCACGUCUCCCCAGCAGGGAUCCUGUGUGUGGCAGACCAGUGUCACGGCCUGAGAGAGCUGGCACUGAACUACCACCUCCUGAGCGAUGAGCUCCUGCUGGCCCUCUCCUCGGAGAAACACGUGCACCUAGAACACUUGCGCAUCGACGUGGUGAGCGAGAACCCCGGUCAGCACUUCCACACCAUCAAGAGGAGCUCCUGGGACGCCAUGGUGCGCCACUCGCCCAAAUUCAACCUGGUCAUGUACUUCUUCCUCUACGAGGACGAGUUCGGCCCCUUCUUCAACGAGGAGGUCCCGGUCACGCACCUCUACUUCGGCCGCUCGGUCAGCAAGGAGGUGCUGGGCCGCGUCGGCCUCCACUGCCCCCGCCUGGUGGAGCUGGUGGUGUGCGCCAACGGCCUGCGUCCCCUGGACGAAGAGCUGAUCCGCAUCGCCAAGCACUGCACCCAGCUGUCCGCCAUCGGCCUGGGCGAGUGCGAGGUGUCCUGCAGCGCCUUCGUGGAGUUCGUCAAGAUGUGCGGCCGCAGGCUCUCCCAGCUGUCCAUCAUGGAGGAGGUGCUGAUUCCAGACAACAAGUACUCCCUGGACGAGAUCCACUGGGAGGUCUCCAAGCACCUCGGCCGGGUCUGGUUCCCGGACAUGAUGCCCACCUGGUAACGAGGCACGCAGCGCGUCCGGUUUGUGCUGCGCAACGUUCCCGGCCUUGCGUGUUUGCAUAGAAAAGCCGCAGUGGGAUGUUUGGUGGCGACACGGAGAGCACAAGCUAACCGAACUCUUGUGCAGAGACGUAACAGGGCACCCGGCCGCUUUGUUCAAUUCAAAGUUGCUUUGCUUCAUCGGGAGUCUGGCUUCUUCACACAUUAAAUCAGCAGGUAGAAAUUUCAGAGGGUUUUACGACUGCAAAUGUAGUAGCUAUGAACAUGUUAGCGUGUGUGCGUAUGUGAGUGUUUUUAAUAUUGUGCAGUGAUUCAGGAAGAUUCGGUAGAUAUCUGCACGUCACCACCAAUUCCAUUCUGAGAUAGCUGUGCACUCUGGACCCGAUACGGCAUUAGAGGUGAUGCUAUUCCCCCCUUGGAUGUGACACGAGGUGUUUCGUAGCAAUAGUGUUUACUUCAGUUUAUACAAGAGUAACGAAUGUGAUCAUGGAGAACAACAGGACGGCAUCUCACUCAAGAAAGUAUGUUGAAAAUGUUAGAAUGUGUGUGUGUGUGUGUGUGUGUCUGUCAGUGUGUGUGUGUGUGAUGGCAGUGAUGCAUUUUUCUUUUAUUUUUACCAGAUGGUUCAGAUUUAGUUUUCUCUCCUGCAUCUAAAGGCUUAACAGAGACUCGUGUUCAGCUUUCUGAACAGAUAUAUUUUUCCUAAGCACCUUACAUAGAUACCAAAAUGAGGCCCAAAUGAAAGCACGGACACAAUCUUUAUAAUAUGCCAAUUUGUACAAGUUGGAUCCUAAUGGUUAUUUAUACUGUUCUGAGGUUCUGUUGAAUCGGAUACCACCUAAGUGUAUUAUAUAAUUAUUAAUACAAACCAGAGAAAUGGUUCUAUGUAAAUAUAAAGUUAACCCUCUGUCUCCUGGGUCAUUAAUAUAUUCGUGUUUUAUUUGUAGCGUGUGCUCUUUGCCCGUUGGAGCUCCAGAGCUGUUGUCUGUCAGUGGGAGGAACACGCAGCAGACAAACUGGGAUCCAUCUGCUCGUUCUUUAAGAUGUUUCCUGCCCAAAACACUAAUUCAUUUCAGUCAGAUGAGUGGAACAAACUUUCCUUUUUAAGAAGAGACAAAUGCAUCUGUAUAUAAAACGCUGUGUUUGGAUAUUAUGAACAGAUUUCUUUAUUUGGUUUCCUGAACCAACGGCUGGUAUCUAAUAAAAGCAGAGUGUUGGUUACGCUUUGCUGGAUGAUCAUUUUCAUACUGUAGAACAUGUUCUAGGAGAAGAUGAGUUGUGUGAUUCAUUGUGUGUUUCGGUUUGACAAAGAUCAUUAGAACCACCAGGCAGACCAGUAGCACUAGUUUUAAGUCCACUUCCACCAGCUUAAAAACCUUUAUCACACACGGGGGGAGAGGAAGUGAGUUAAAUCCACUAAAGUGGGUAAAAAAUGAAAUGUGUAUUUUCGUAAAAAGCUCUUUAUCAGCAGUGGCCACCGCUGCCCAGCUGUAAAUAACGUCGGGGUCUGAUCUAGUUUCUCAGCCUCCUGCAUUCCUUUUAUCUGUGUUGUGUUUCCUGUAAGCUAAGCAGUAAGUUAGACUCCGACUGGGGGCUGUUGCAGGAAGUGAGCGCUCUCCUCACUGCGGUUACACAUCACACGGCUGCAAAGUGACGUGCUGCUUUAAAUCGUUUUAGCCUGCUGCUCGUCGGCUUUUAAUGGAAACGUCAGAGUCCAGAUGAAAUGCAACAUUAAGGUGUUGGGAGUAAACUGGCGAACGCUUGGUCUUAUUUGCUUAACUAUCACCUGUCUUGGAAUAAAAAAUGCUUUGGACAUAUUUUAUUGGAAAAUAAAAACAUUGUGAAUCUA